AUGGCCGAUCUUCCUACCACCUUCGACCGUCCUGUCCACAUUGCCGUCAUCGGCGGCACCGGUCUGGGAAAGCUGGAGGGCUACACGCCUGUCGCGGCUCUCAACCCGACCACGCCCUGGGGCCAGCCCUCCUCGCCCAUCCAGAUCCUCGAGCACAAUGGCGUGCCCAUCGCCUUCCUUGCCCGCCACGGUCUGCACCACCAGUUCGCACCUCACGAAGUGCCCGCGCGCGCCAACAUCGCCGCUUUGCGCUCCAUCGGCGUCCGUUGCGUCAUCGCCUUCUCUGCUGUCGGUAGCUUGCGCGAGGAGAUUAAGCCCAUGGACUUCGUUGUCCCUGACCAGGUCAUCGACCGUACCAAGGGCAUUCGCCCAUUCACCUUCUUCGAGGGCGGUGUUGUCGGCCACGUCGGCUUCGCGGACCCCUUCGACUCGGGCCUCGCGCAGGUUGUCAAGAAGUGCGCCGCGCAUAUGCAAGGCGAAGGUGUUGUUCUGCACGACAAGGGAACCAUCAUCUGCAUGGAGGGCCCCCAAUUCUCCACUCGUGCCGAGUCGCAUAUGUACCGAUCCUGGGGCGGCAGCGUUAUUAACAUGUCAGCCCUUCCCGAGGCCAAACUUGCCCGCGAGGCUGAGAUGGCCUACCAGAUGAUUUGCAUGGCCACUGAUUACGACUGCUGGCACUCCUUUGAGGAUGUCGACGUUGCCAUGGUCAUGAAGUACAUGGCCGCUAACGGCGAGAACGCUAAGCGCCUCGUCGGUGGCGUGCUUGAUGAGCUUUCCAAGCAAGAGCACAGCGAGAUGGUUCUCGCCAAGCACUGGGAGGGCGCCUCCUCUGGCGCCGUUAAGUUCAUGACCAAGCCUGAGGGCCGCAACCCCGAGGCCAUGAAGAACGUCGAGUACCUCUUCCCUGGUUUCUGGAAUUAA